UAGUUUGAAUUGUCACCCAAAAAAAAGUCAUAUUAAUAACAUGAAUACCUUUGUAGUGCUAUCGGCUCUCAUCUCAUUGGCCGCUGCCAUACCGUCCAAAGGCUACUAUAGCGACGGCGGCUACGGUGAUGGCGGCAGCUAUAAGGGAGCCAUACUGUUGGCCGACAACAAAGGCUACGGCGGCGGUUACGGUGACGGUGGCUAUGGAGGCGGCUAUGGUAACUCAAAACAGAUCAGUUAUACCACUACCCGUAUCGUGAAGGUGCCAGUCCUUACCAAAAGUGUUGAGUAUAGACAAGAGGAACCGAUCAGACAGUCCAGUCUCGAGCGACACCACUCAAUCACCCCUAUCUAUGGCAAGACAUUGAUUAAGCCAGUGAUUACUAAGACCUACCAACCAGUCAUCACUAAGUCCUACGAGAUCUCUGAGCCCAAGACUUUGAUCAGCUAUGGUGGCAGCAGUUACGAUGAUGGCAGCUAUAAGGGUGGUUAUGAUGGCGGUAACGACGAUGGCAGCUAUAAGGGUGGCUAUGAAGGUCAGUACGUUAGCGGCGGCUAUGAUGAUGGCAGCUACAAGGGUGGCUACAGUGAUGGCGGUUAUGGUAACGGCGGUGACCUCAAGAUUAUUAGCUACGGAAAGAAAUACUAAAACAUAUGAUUUUUUUCUAUUGGAUGUCUAAUCCAAUGGUAAAAAAACCCAAUGGAUUAGGUUUUUAUAGAAGUGGACAGUUGGAUAUUUCUCUCUCUCUCUCUCUCUAUCUAUAUAUAUGGACAUUACCACUAAAUAUUAAAAAAAAACUAUUUAUAUGUAU